AUGCCUGCACUAAAAUUUCUGCAGUAUCCAGCACUCCUGCAGCAUCCGGCUCACUCCUGCAGUAUCCAGCACUCCUGCAGCAUCCGGCUCACUCCUGCAGCAUCCGGCUCACUCCUGCAGCAUCCGGCUCACUCCUGCAGUAUCCAGCACUCCUGCAGCAUCCGGCUCACUCCUGCAGUAUCCAGCACUCCUGCAGCAUCCGGCUCACUCCUGCAGUAUCCAGCACUCCUGCAGCAUCCGGCUCACUCCUGCAGUAUCCAGCACUCCUGCAGCUUCCAGCACCUCCACCCAGUGAGAUAUUGUCUACUUUCCGAGAGAAACAGGAAGACAAGCAGAAUCAAGCGAAGAUUCAGACACGUUGUCUUAUUUUUUAAUGGAAGAAAUGUCUGGCACAUAUGCUUCUAUCACUUUUUGUGCAUCAGUGUAUCGGUCACUCUCCCCUCUCUCACUUUACUUGAAUUAAUAAUUACUCACUUAAUGAAUAAUUCUCACUCUCUCUUUUCCUUUAUUUCUCUUUCUCUCUCUCUCUCUCUCUCUCUCUCUCUCUUUCUGUGA